UGUGUUCACUUGCAUUUGAGCUGCCCUGUAGACAGAGCCCGCUUCUUCUUCUUCUUCCUUUCACUCCGCUGCGGCAACACGCUUUUUUAAUUUUCCACUCGCUUCAGAUUUAUUUUAUUUCACCCAGCAAGCGCCCCCCUCCUUUUUUCUCCUUCUCCCUCCAAGGCAAUGCUGAGUGCGUUACACCCCGUCUGUGCGGAAAAACAGAAAACAACGAUCAAACAAACAUUUCAGCCGACGUUACGUUUUUAGGAGGAGACGUCUGAGCCCGGCGGACCACUUGGACAGCAAGGCAGCAAGCAAGGACAUGCAGCAGAGAGGUCAGUGAGGAGGAGGAGGAGGAUGACAGCAGAAGAAUAGGAAACGGACAAGGAGGGAUGAGAAAGAGACUGAAGUAAGAGGAGGAAGUGGAACUCCAAAGUGCCUACUGCGAGGGUACGUCUGCCGAGUCUGCUGGAUUACAGCGGGACGGUGUGUGUCUGGCCUUGAAUGGAGGCUGUAUUUUAUCCUGACAGCCACAGAGUCAUCCAUCCCACGUUGCUGAGCUGCAGUCCCAGCAUACCCUGAGCUGAGCAGCCACUUCGUCUCAUCAUUACGAGGACAUCUCCGUGUAAGACUGUCUUUUUUUUUGUUUUAUUUUUGUUUUGUUUUUGUUUUUUGUUUUGCUCUAAAGAAAUCUUUAGCUUCCUUGUCAGGCUGCCCAAAUAUAACUAAAGUAGAACUACAGUGAAUGCCCCAGCCUGGCCAUGUUGACGUGAAUGUAGUGGUGAUUUACAGCGGGCUGAUACAGGUGAAUGCACACGCUCGGCGACUCUGCGAUCCAAGCGACAUGCCAGAGUGAUGCCCUCAGAUUAGUUUCCUUUUUUUCUUCCUUUUUUUUGAGACAGAGCUGGCCUCUGCUCGCAGUCAAGCCCCUCUAUAUAUCUCACUGCAGUGAGACUUCAGCUGCCACUUUUCCCAGGAAGAACUAAUAAACAUCCCCCAAAAUACACCAACCAAAAGGACUCGCUGCCUAUUUGCACUGAGGAGAAACCGAAAAUAUUUUUGCUUCUGUUUCCUCUGUGUUGUGCUGGGGGAUUUUUUUGUCUUGAAUCACCAUUAGUCACCCUUGCUCUCAUCAGACAGUUUUCCGUCAGUUUGCCCACCGCCGCUGCACAGCGUCUGCGAGCGUCUCUGAUGGCUGUCAGCAUGACCAUGGGACGAGACACCAAAUGGCUGACCUUGGAAGUGUGUCGUGAGUUUCAGAGAGGCACCUGCUCGCGGUCUGACGCUGAGUGUAAGUUUGCACAUCCCUCACGGAGCUGCCAUGUGGAGAACGGCCGAGUCAUCGCCUGCUUUGAUUCGCUCAAGGGGCGUUGCACACGCGAGAACUGCAAAUACCUGCACCCACCUCCGCACCUGAAAACCCAGCUGGAAAUCAAUGGGAGGAACAACCUGAUCCAGCAGAAGGCCGCGGCAGCCAUGUUGGCUCAGCAGAUGCAGUUCAUGCUGCCUGGAACACAACUGCAGCCCAUAACAACAUUCCCAGUGACACCCUCUCUGGCAACGAGUCCCAGCAUGGCAUUCAGUCCAUAUCUAAGCCACAUGGGCCCAGCGAUGGGUUUGAUGCCUGAGCUGCUGCCCAGCACUCCCCUGCUCGUCCCCGGGAGUCCUACCGGUCUGGCAGCCAUGGGAAAUGGCACCUCCGCACAAAAACAUGUGCGCACAGACAAGCUGGAGGUUUGCAGAGAAUUCCAGCGCGGGAACUGCACGCGAGGUGAGAACGACUGCCGCUACGCUCACCCCCUGGAGGCGGGCAUGGUGGACUGCAACGAGAACUCGGUCAUUGUCUGCAUGGACUAUAUUAAAGGCCGCUGCAGCCGAGACAAGUGCAAGUACUUCCACCCUCCAGCUCACCUGCAGGCCAGAAUCAAGGCUGCACAGCACCAAGCCAGUCAAAACACCCCGUCCUCAGGCUUGGGUCUGCCCCCGGGGGCCGUGCAGCCGCUACCAAAGAGGCCUGUCUUAGAGAAGAGCAACGGAGCUGCUGCCACCGUCUUCAAUCCCAGCAUGUUCCACUACCAGCAAGCCCUGGCUAACAUGCAGCUCCAGCAACCAGCCUUUAUCCCCACGGUUCCCAUGAUGCACGGUGCCACCACCUCCACUGUUUCGUCGGCCUCGACCCCAGUCACCAAUGUUCCUUUCGCUGAAUCUGCCGCCUCGAAUCAGACCCCUCGGAGCUUCUGACUUCAGAUCCGGUGGAGCUCCAGUGCAUUCCCAUGGAAACCCAUUUCUGCCCCGUCCCCAAACUGCUGGUGGCAGCUCCUGUGGCACUAAACUCAGUAAGCCUUUCCCGAAACCCCAGUUAAAGUCCCGUAAACCCCGAGCACUGCAGCAAACAUGUGCCUCGCCCACAGUGCACACCGACUGAUAUCAUGUUGUGAACGUAAGAGAGCUGCGAUGGUUCAUGCAAUACAGACCUGGACGUAUUACCGUUGCUUUAAAGCAGCCACCCUGAUGCAUACUGACUCGAUCGGGGCGAGCAAUAGAGCUCCCUCGUCCUUACAGCCAUACAUGCCCACACCUUAAAAGUGCAGCACAUGUGCGCACACAUAAACACACACACACAUAUAUAUUCAAGACUAAAUGCCCUUUAUGGGUCGGAGCCAUCACAUGAGGCCACCCAACACAUUUGACUGUUCCAAAGUAAGAAACUCUGAGAAGUUCAUUGUAGAAAAUUCAGACGGACCAGCUGCCGGUCUCCAACCAUGACGGGCUGUCAAAGUGAAAGAGUGUUUCAUAUCAUGUCACGUUUACGUUUCAAGAUGAGUGCAAAUGUGACGUUUGUGUUGUACGACGUGUACCGCUCAGUCUGUCAUCAUGGUCUCAUUUUGCCUGGUGAUAUGUCAGUAAGGGGUUGUUGUUCAUUUGUUUGUGCCUUUGAUUUUUUUCUGCUCAGCUGCGGAGGAGACUUAGUGUCCCAAAAAUGAUUCAAAGAAGAAUUAGUUACGUAAAUAGAGUGUAUUAGCCUGUAGCUGCUAUUGGGAUAAAGUCUACUGGUUACAGCAAACGCCUCUUAAAAUGUAUAUUAGAGUUUCCUAAAUGCAAUGAAUGAUUCGCCCCCCUGUUUUAUUGAAAAAUGUAGACUGGGUGAAAGUAACUUAGUAUGUAAUUACUUCUUAUAAAGAAGAUGGGAUGAGGGAUAUCUUUAGGAUGUGUUAAAUAAACUGCCUUAAAGCAGCUGAGGUCAUGUUCUCUAUGUAAGGGCCCCUCUCUGUAUAGUGCUCUCCAGUAAUAGACCAGACAGCUCCAAUCGUCAAAACUGAUAAACCUGAGCAGUGAAGUUUCUUGAAUCGUGAUUUCUGAUCAGUGAUUGUGUUUCUUUUCUUUUGUGAUGGGUAACUGUGUAACGACUAAAAAAGGAAAGGUUCAUCCUGUUUCCUCUGUGAUUUGAAACCCGAACACCAGGCUUUGCUCGCCGAUUCUGUGUGUGUUCAGCUCGCCUGUAAAUGCCACUUAAACUUUUACACCUGAUGUCAGUUAUUGCACAAGAUGGAAGCGAGAUCGGUUUCCUUUUGUUGUGCCUAAAGUCUGCGGUAUAUGCAAGGAACUGCCCGUUUAAUGCAAUAUCUGGAUAAAUCCUCCAAAUAAAUGUUUCCCUCUCUAAUACAGAGAUGUAUUUCAAAAGGCUGUUUGUUUAACGUGGCUUUUGGACUAAAUAAGUGGCACAAGAUUUUUAUGUUUUAUGGUUCUGCAGGGAGAAAGCUUCGAACUUGAAAAUGUCCUGUCUGACUUUAAAAUGUCAUGUCUUUCUACUGCUGUCCUGUUUGUCAAAAAUGACGAGACUCUAAAUAUUCUUAUAACCAGAAUCAAGUUGCAGAAAAGGAUGAACAAUUCUCAUGCUUGAUGUCUGAUGGUGAAAAAAAAAUUUGGGGGGGACUUUCAAGUGUGUAAGGAAUUGCUUUGUAGGUGUGUACAAAAAAAAUGAACUUAACAGCUUUGGAAACUGGGCUGAAAUCACUUAUAUCCAAAUUCAAAUGUGCCUCUUUCAAGUCUCCUCAAACAAAACUGUCAGUACACUGUAAGACCAGACCAGUGCUCAAAGACAGCUGUGUUAUUUGGUACAUUAUUAUAAUAGGAAAUCACAUUUGUAUUAGUUUCUUCUCUGAGACAGCUGUGCUGUCUUACUAUCAAUGUAAGGAAAUAAAUCAGAGAGUUGUGCGCAUACAUACGUGUGUCAGAAAAGACGAUGGAUCACAUAUUUGGUUAGUUGUAAAUGCUGCAGAUAUUACAACAUCUCCCAUUGAACAUUAUUCAUUUUAAAUAAUGUUAAUGUGUCGUGAAUGUAUCUAAUGCAAAAACUUUACACAUGCCCUUCUAAAAGACAGGCAUGCUGAAAUGUAAUGGUUCACUCUAUAUAGACUAUUUCAGAGGUCACAUACUGUAGGUACCAUGAUGAAACUGUGUUAAGACAUAUUAAAGUAUGUGUAUUGUUAUAUAGAUUUAUAUUUAAUGUUAAUGGGUGGUGUGACUACUUUUAGAAAUAUCUUUCACUGUCAGAAAAGGUAGAGCAGACUGCUGUACUCUUUGAAGUACAAAUGUACACAAUUCAGGUACAUUUCAGUACCAUUUAUUGCUAGUCAGUUUUUCUACCCCUACCCCCCUGUAGUAUCCAAAGCACUAUAAACAAAGCAUAUUAUCAUUAGGCAGAAAGUCAGCAUGCUACCUUUUUUCUCACAUGUAUUUCCCUUGUGGUCCCAGUACUGCAGCCCUGAUUCUGUUAACUUUUGGUGUGGAAAGGCUUUGUGGAGACAUAACUGUGCAGAAAACCCACCCAGCCAGAGCUGCAAGUGCAGCACCAGGUAUAAUCCUGGGAUUAACCCUCAUUUUGGGCGUGUAAAAGCUUUUCCCUCCUGACCACCUAAAUGCCCCAAAUAAGAUGGGUGGCGUAUUUGUGGCAGUUUAAGAAAAAGUACACAUAUCUGCUUACGUUUUUUUAAAGACAGAAGAUCUAAGCUGCUCUUAUGUUUCUGUGCUAAUACUAAGCUGGAAAGAGCUGCUAGUUAACACAGAGAAAAGGCCAGCACACCUUAAUAAACAGUUGUGCAAAAACACUUGUGAACAGUGAGGUUGCCAGGCAACCAGCAAUAUAACCCAGAUGGAUUGUAAACUGUUCAUGAAGAAAUAAUUACAGGAGGAAAACAUCUAUAAAACUACAGAGUGCCCUCUUUAUAUCCAUUUUAAAGAUUAAAUGUGCAGUCUUGCAUGGAAGGUGUUUACACCUUUUAGAUAACUAAAAGUUAGCUUUUGGACAAACUGUGUAAUGUUUGUAAUAACUUAAGCCAACUUAAACAAGAAUAGAGUGCCCUCUAUAAGUACGUUAACAGAUAUUAUUGGAUAAUUUAUGCAUCUGAAGUUGAUAUUAAAGCACAAAAAUGAGACAAAACAGUAGGUGGCUUUAGCUCUUAUAUAGUAUAUAAGUAAGUAAGUAAAGUUUAUUUAUAAAAGCACUUGUCACAGAAAUGAAGUUAUAAAGUGCUUGGCAAAAAAUAGUGUAAAAUGAAUAAAAACUGGGAAAAAUCACAAUAAAAUAUAAUAGAAAAUGAUAGACGUAUAAGUAAAUGUCAUCUGCAUAGAAACGAUAAGAAACUUCUGAAAAACCCUGAAUGAUGCCAGCUACAGGAAAAAAAGCAGAAAGAAAAUAAUAACUGGCUCAGGAUUGAGCCUCGCAUUUAUCUGAGCCUUGCAGAUAAAUAAGAAGAAAUUUAGUCAAAUGGAAACCAUAGGUCUACUAAGGAAAGUAUCAUGGUCGACAGUAUCAGAGGCUGUGCUGAGGUCAAACAGACCGAGCAGAGAACAAAUCCCUACAUCAGAAGCCAUAUGAAAGCAUGUUGACUGAACAGCGAAAAGGUAGCCUAAAGUAAACGCUACUGAACUGGUCUACAAAUAUCAAGAUGCAUAACUAUCUAUUUCUGUGCUGUUUGUGUAUUAAAUAGCACAUAAUAAAAGCUAAAGCCAGUCUGUAUUUUAUCUCAUGCAAUGCUUUCAUCCUAAAAUGCUAAAACUGAGGUUUAAAAUAUCUAUUUCAAUCUGCAGUUUACAUACUUUUAGAGGACACCUUAUUUGUAAUAACCUAAUACCUGUUAAUUUAUCUGUGUAGCUCCACUUUGUAUGGAAACAGGCUAGUGCCCCAUACAGCUGAUUUAAGCGUCAUAUUUACUAUACAGACAUAAGAGUGAUAUAAAAUCUUGUGAAUAAGUGUAUCUCCCAAAAUAGUUGAAUAAAGUAUUUUUUAAAGUAUAGCUGACUUUUUAUCUGCAUGGUGGAUCAAACAGUAUGUAGGCUCAUAGCUGUCUCUAUGAACCUGAUGAUCAGAAUGUCCAGACAGGUCCCUUUUUCUAAAGACUAGCUUCGUCCAGCCAAUCUCCUCCUUAAGUGACCCUACCCCUAACAUCAGUAUGCCUUCACUGUCCAGCUGGAAAAACAGAAUACUUGAUUAAUAAACUGUGCCUCUCGAGGGCAUUUGAGGUUUUUAAAUACAUUUAAAUGUAUCUAUUAAGGCUCAAGAGUGUAUUAAUUUGAGGAUUGUGGAGCACCAUGAGUAAAAAAAAAAAAACAAUGUUUUUACCUCUUAAUUUUGUUCCCUCUUUCAUUCUCUUGUACUUGAUUACCUUUGGGCCUGGUUGUAAUUUUUUUUCCCACACGGUCCUGAAUCAUAACUGUUCAACAUGUGCAGAGCUCUGAUCUUCGCUGUCCUGUGAUCAGAUCCUUCAGCAUGUGGACACAGUUAACUCAGUCCUGAGAAUACAAACAAAGGGCCUUAAUCCUCGAUCAUAUGUCACAGCUGUGUAUGAAAAUGUAUUAAAUGUAAGAUUUUUUUUUUCUGACAUAAAAAAAAAACGCGGCAUGAAAAUAAUAAUAACAAUAAUGACAACAAAAAAAUCAUUUAUAUGUAGUUAAUAGUUUGUGUAGACCAAUAUGAAAAACAUUAUGAUAUGAAAAUCGUUUGUACACAAUGAUGGAGUCAUUGUUAAUGGUAAUAGUUGCUGUUGCUAUGGCAACAAAAUGACAACAUGGCUACCUUUUUAUUAUCCUAAUAGUGAUUUUUUUUUUUUUCCACAAUAAUUAUGAUGACAUACAGCACUAACUUAUCCGAAAAGGGAAUGUCUAAUUAUUAGUUUGUCUUGUUGCAAAGUGAUUGAAAAAACUUUAAUCCUUGUAAUAUCCAAAGGUCCUUAGGGGAGGUCAGCCGUUUAUUUUGUUUUGUUUAUUUGACGUUCAUUUUAUAUUUAGGUUUUUUCUUCUUGUACAUGGUGUUUUUGAGAAAUAGGAAUGAACUCUGGCUUUUAGAGCAAACAUCUGUCAGGGAGGUAAAGAGGACCUUGGACUAACUGGAAGAUCUUUUUUCUGUGGAGGCGAGCGGUUUUUGCCGUUUGCCUCCUACAGACCGAGAGAUCUGGCUCAGGUUUUGGCCAAGAAGGUGGUCUCGAGGUCUCUUACUGCCCAGCUGUGCUGGGUGAUGUCGAUCCUCACUGAGGUGUAUACGAAUGUGUGAUGUUCACCUUGUUUGCACUUAUGUACAUAACUAUGUCAGAAUACUCAAAAUUUAUUUUGAAUAAAUACAGAUAAAAGAGUCAAUUAAAAAAAA